AUGGAUCCGCUCCGUGUAUCACAGCUCUAUUCCAACCUCGCCAUUCCUCCGGCAUCGCGGUGCAUCCGGCUCCUGGAAAUUGAAGCUGCAGUGGAUGGAUUGGACGGUCUCGACACAUUGGGACCCUUGACAGGCCACUUGAGAUUGGUGAACCUGGACGACAACCCUUCAUUUGUUUCGCUCUCUUAUGUUUGGGGCAAGGGGGCAUCUAGCCACUAUAUUGUCUGUGAGCCUGGCAACUGCCUGGUAAAUAUCCCUCGGAACUGUUUCCGAGGGCUGCAGCAAGUCACCCGUCGCUUUGGUAAAGUAGCUAUCUGGGUGGACUCGAUAUGUAUCAACCAAAAUGACGACGAGGAGAAAGUCCAUCAGAUCCCCCUGAUGAGAGAUAUAUACAGCAUGGCCAACUGUGUCUACGUCUGGCUAGGCGACGGCAAUAAAGCGUCAGACCGAGCUUUGAAGUUUCUAAAAAAGCAGGCUCGGCUCGGCCCGAGGCCCCCUUUGGCCAUCGUGCGGGCGCAGUCUGACGAUGAAUACCGAGAUGCUCUGCGGCAGUACCAGCAUGCUUCGUGGCGAGACAUGAUCUAUCGUCUUUCUUUGUGGCGUCUAUGGACCAGAAAGGUCGACUUGGACGUGAUCCUACGCAGCCCGUGGGUGUUCCGGUGCUGGACUUUCCAGGAGUUCCUCUUGGCGCGCGACAUGGUCUUCCUCUGCGGAGAAGAAACAAUCAUAUGGGAGGAAUUGGCAAACGCAAUCUAUUUCCGUCAUAGGGAAUCUCUGAGUUUAAAACCCGUGAAACUGAAAUCUAGCAUUAACGAGCUCUUUACCAUCAACGAGCCCUCUGCCAUUAACGGGGUCCCUACUGAAGAGUGGUGGCCCCUUGUCACGCUUUGGUUUAACUUCCCUCGAAGUGGCUUGCGUUCGUGGCCUCGGCAAGGGAGAGAUCAACAACGGGUAAAGUCCAUCCAAGAGGGAGUCGGGAGCGUAUGGAGUGCGUCUAGAUAUGGCCCAGCAAGCCAAGUGCACGUGUUCUGUAUAGGUUCUAGUGUGCUGGUUGGUGUUGCUCUGGUGGCGCUCUACUGCGCUCUAUGGAAGGGCGUGAAAGCUGUAAUAGAUGACUCUGGAUUGUUCGGCGUCGUCUGUUUCUUCGGCAGCCUCGUCUACUUGCCAACGUCGAUAGACCUACUUAAGAACUGGAUACGGCUCGUGAUUGGGCUCAAAGACCCGUGGGCAAAAGCGAAUUUUGCGGACGGCGAGAUCCGUGCCCGCGUCAUCGAUGGCGUCCGCUCAGCGUUGAAGAAUCGCGACUGCUCGGACCUUCACGAUAAGACAUUCUCUUUGUACGGUAUCCUCGACAUCUGCCGCAUCACGCCAAGUAAACCAGACUACGGACGCUCGUUGGGCGAGACCUACCACACCCUCAUGCAUGAGCUUAUCGCCUGGGAUCCCCAGGCGCUCGUCAUGAUCCUCGAUGCGGGAAAGCCUCUACAGCUAUCACCAUCCUGGAUCCCAAACUGGUCCGAGAGCGGCCCCAGCGAGUGGCUCGUAUCGCAGUACCUUAUGUCCACCGGGGCCUGUCCAAACGCAGCCCAUCCGAGUCUGCCCAGAGACGUCAUUAUUCUCGACAAAACCAUCCUUCGACUUCAAGGGCAUCGCAUUGGCCCAGUCACGUUUAGUACAGACAUGGUCAUCCCGGCCGAGGGUAGAAACCCCCAAGUGCAGCCACGCCUUGGCCGAGACCUGUUGGUAUCAGCACUGUUUCGCCUCGUGCAAUUCUUCGCAUGUGUAGGGAGAGGAACGAGUGACGGUCUGCUUAGAGAUGACACGACAACUACAGCAUUCGCCGUGCUUGAAGGGCUAAUUAGAAUACGAGGGGGAACACACAAGCGAGCCAGUGGUGGUAUGGCGGCGGUACACGACGUGCGGCUGCCUGCUUGGGAGGGCCCAUAUGAUUUUACCAAGGAGAAGAAAGAGUUCUGGCGGUUGGCUGAGCUGCUCAAGGUGAUUGCGGCUGCAUUGCCGAACUUCAAUCUCGAAUCAGAAGAAGCGUCUAGACAUGCGACUGUCCAACUGUUUGAGCAGCUUGCGAGCUGGGCUUAUAUAGGAAAAUACUUCCUUCGGCUGGUGGAAAUUUUGGUUGAACAGAAGAGAGGUCUUUAUGUCUUGUCGGGUGGGCUUGCAGGUACGGGCCCUCUUGGAGUCUCUGUUGGAGACGAAGUCUUCGUGAUCCCCGGUAUUCCGACUCCCAUGGUGUUGAGAAAAGCAGAUAAUGGUCGCGGUUGGACAGUCGUUGGGGCUACGCUUGUUCAUAGCAUCAUGUACGGUGAAUCAUUCGUCGAGGGUAAAUAUGGGACUGGGUAUGAGACUAUAGAUCUCUAUUGA